CUUUUCUUUUUUUGGUCUUUCCUGCUCAGUGCCCAACCCAAGUUCAAAGGCUGAUAAGAGAGAAAAUCUCAUAAGGAGGUUUUAGUCUAGGGAAAGUCAUUCAGUGAAUGGGAUCUUGGCUCAGAGGGGACAAUGUCAGGCUCUUUCUGGCUCCUUCUCAGCCUUGUUGCUGUGACUGCUGCUCAGUCUACCAUAGAGGAACAGGCCAAGACAUUUUUGGACAAGUUUAACCAUGAAGCUGAAGACCUGUUCCAUGAAAAUUCACUUGCUUCUUGGAAUUAUAACACCAAUAUUACCGAAGAGAAUGUUCAAAACAUGAAUGUUGCUGGGGAGAAAUGGUUUGCCUUUUUCAAAGAACAGUCCAAACUUGCCCAAACGUAUCCACUACAAGAAAUUCAGAAUCUCACAGUCAAGCUUCAGUUGCAGGCUCUUCAGCAAAAUGGAUCUUCAGUGCUCUCAGAAGACAAGAGCCAACAGUUGAACAUAAUUAUAAAUACAAUGAGCACCAUCUACAGUACUGGAAAAGUUUGUAAACCAAAUUAUCCACAGGAAUGCUUAUUACUUGAACCAGAUUUGAAUGAAAUAAUGGCAAAGAGUACAGACUACAAUGAGAGGCUCUGGGCUUGGGAAAGCUGGAGGUCUGAGAUCGGCAAGCAGCUGAGGCCAUUAUAUGAAGAGUAUGUGGUCUUGAAAAAUGAAAUGGCAAGAGCAAAUCAUUAUGAAGACUAUGGGGAUUAUUGGAGAGGAGACUAUGAAGUAAAUGGGGUAGAUGGCUAUGACUACUACCGCAACCAGUUGAUUGAAGAUGUGGAACGCACCUUUGAAGAGAUUAAACCAUUAUAUGAACAUCUUCAUGCCUAUGUGAGGACAAAGUUGAUGAAUGCCUACCCUUCCUAUAUUAGUCCAACUGGAUGCCUCCCUGCUCAUUUGCUUGGUGAUAUGUGGGGUAGAUUUUGGACAAAUCUGUACUCUUUGACAGUUCCCUUUGGACAGAAACCAAACAUCGAUGUUACUGAUGAAAUGGUGAAACAGGCUUGGGAUGCACAGAGAAUAUUCAAGGAGGCUGAGAAGUUCUUUGCAUCUGUUGGUCUUCCUAAUAUGACUCAAGGAUUCUGGGAAAAUUCCAUGCUAACUGAGCCAGGAGAUGGUCAGAAAGUAGUCUGCCACCCCACAGCUUGGGAUCUGGGGAAGCAAGACUUCAGGAUCCUUAUGUGCACAAAGACGACAAUGGAUGACUUCCUGACAGCUCAUCACGAGAUGGGGCACAUACAGUAUGAUAUGGCAUAUGCUGCACAACCUUUUCUGCUAAGAAACGGAGCUAAUGAAGGAUUCCAUGAAGCUGUUGGGGAAAUCAUGUCACUUUCUGCAGCCACACCUAAGCAUUUAAAAUCCAUUGGUCUUCUGUCACCCGAUUUUCAAGAAGACAGUGAAACAGAAAUAAACUUCCUGCUCAAACAAGCACUCACGAUUGUUGGGACUCUGCCAUUUACUUACAUGUUGGAGAAGUGGAGGUGGAUGGUCUUUAAGGGUGAAAUUCCCAAAGAGCAAUGGAUGAAAAAGUGGUGGGAAAUGAAGCGAGAGAUAGUUGGGGUGGUGGAACCUGUGCCCCAUGAUGAAACAUACUGUGACCCCGCGUCUCUGUUCCAUGUUUCUAAUGAUUACUCAUUCAUUCGAUAUUACACAAGGACCCUUUACCAAUUCCAGUUUCAAGAAGCACUUUGUCAAGCAGCUAAACAUGAAGGUCCUCUGCACAAAUGUGACAUCUCAAGUUCUACAGAAGCUGGACAAAAACUGCUCAAUAUGCUGAGGCUUGGAAAAUCAGAACCCUGGACCCUAGCAUUGGAAAAUGUUGUAGGAGCAAAGAAUAUGGAUGUAAGACCUCUGCUCAACUACUUUGAGCCCUUGUUUACCUGGCUGAAAGACCAGAACAAGAAUUCUUUUGUGGGAUGGAGUACCAACUGGAGUCCAUAUACUGACCAAAGCAUCAAAGUGAGGAUAAGCCUAAAAUCAGCUCUUGGAGAUCAAGCAUAUAAAUGGAACGACAAUGAAAUGUACCUGUUCCGGUCAUCUGUUGCAUAUGCCAUGAGAGAAUAUUUUUUAAAAGUCAAAAAUCAGAUGAUUCCUUUUGGGGAGGAGGAUGUGCGAGUGGCUGAUUUGAAACCAAGAAUCUCCUUUAAUUUCUUUGUCACUGCGCCUCAAAAUGUGUCUGACAUCAUUCCUAGAAUUGAAGUUGAAAAGGCCAUCAGUAUGUCCCGGAGCCGAAUCAAUGAUGCUUUCGGUCUGAAUGACAACAGCCUGGAGUUUCUGGGGAUACAACCAACACUUGAACCUCCUUACCAGCCCCCCAUUACCAUAUGGCUGAUUGUUUUUGGAGUCGUGAUGGGAAUGGUAGUGGUUGGCAUUGUCAUCUUGAUCAUCACUGGGAUCAGAGAUCGAAAGAAGAAAAAUGAAGCAAGAAGUGAAGAAAAUCCUUAUGCCUCCAUUGAUUUUGGUAAAGGAGAAGAUAAUCCAGGAUUCCAAAACAGUGAAGAAGUUCAGACCUCCUUUUAGAAAAAUUGAUGUUUUUCUUCUUGAGGUGAUUUUGUUGUGUGGUGACAGGUCUAAAGAAGAGAGAAGAAUCCAGGGAACAGGUAGAGGACAUUGCUUUUGCACUUCCAAGCUGCUUGAUGAACAUCUCUCUGACAACAUGAAACUAGCACCAGGGGCCUCCAUGAACUCCUGGAGCAAGUCUGAUAGAAACUCAUUUCCACUGUUUCCUAACCGUGGAGUAAAUGGAAAUUCUAACUGUGGGUUCACCCUCUGAAGUGGGUACCCAGUCUCUUAAAUCUUGUAUUUGCCCACAGUGUUUCAGUAGUGCUAAGCAUAAAGCAGACUCAAUAAAUACUAGAUUUAUAUACUC